AUGAAUGUCAGCGUUGUGUGCAAGAGAAUGAAAUCAAACACCAUUACUUUAUACAGAUCUUACCAGAAGAAAGGAAAGUGGAACUACAUAGACUUGAGAGGAGAAAUCAUUGUGACAACAAUUUCAAAGAUCCGUGUUUUCUCUCUUUUCAUUGAAAACUCCGAUCAUAAACCCCCAUCUGAUUUUGGAAUCGGCAAGCAGAACUCGUUAUGCCUCACUGUGCCCAACAGUGAAGGAGGAGGAGCCCCGGCCCCGGAGACUAUACCGCCGUGUCUUUUUGAACAGGAUGAGGAAUGGAACUCAGGCUCCACUCAGGAUUGAACUGCACAAGACACCGAAGGAGGAUCAGAAGUCUG